UACACACACACACUCCCAUCCCCUGCCUGAAAUACCAAAAUUCUGAGUGCCGAGUGGUACGAAACACACACCAAAAUUCCAUACUCCCCUCUUCUUUCUUAUUUAUUAUAUUCUUCUUAUUCUCACUCGGUUCCAACACUUUUAUUGCAAAAUCCAUCAUCUCUCUCUCUCUCUCUCUCUCUCUCCCAACCAAUCCCUUAUUCAAUACGGACUUAGCGUAUCUUAAUGGAUUCCGACGAUAAACGGAUUGAAGACCUACUCUCCCACCCUAUUCUACUCUCUGACCGUCUUCGCUCCGCCGUCCACGAAGCCCACUCCUUCAAAAUUGAGUGUGCUGAAGUGGCCAAGCAAGUGGAUCGCCUCGCCCAAAUGCUCCGAAUCGCGGUUCGAUUCGCCACCGGAACUCCCGCCAUCUAUGAGCGUCCCAUCCGCCGGGUUGUUGCCGAGGUUUCUAAGAAUCUCGAACGUGCCCUAACCCUAGUACGCAAAUGCAAGCACCAGAGUGCGCUUCGCCGCGUUAUGUCCAUCACCAGCGUUACCGAUUUUCGUAAACUAUUCAACCUUCUAGACGCUUCGGUUGGGGAUAUGAAAUGGCUUCUCACUAUUUUCGAAUGCAAUGGUGGCGGUAUCGUGCUUUCGCUUCCCCCAAUUGCUAGCAAUGACCCCAUUAUUGCUUGGGUUUGGUCUUCCAUUGCCUCGAUUCAGAUGGGUCAAUUGCCGGAUCGUAUCGAAGGUACCAACGAACUCGCUUCGCUUGCCGCUGAUAAUGAGAGAAACAAAAAUAUUAUUGUUGAGGAAGGAGGAAUUCCUCCUCUUCUCAAGCUUUUGAAGGAAGGCCCCUCGCCGGAGGCUAAAAUUGCGGCCAUCAAGGCACUUAAUACGCUUGCAAAUGAUACGAACAGAGUGAGGACUAUUGUUCAAGAACACGGAGUUCCGAUUAUAGUGCAGGCUCUUGCAAAUUCGCCGAUGCUGGUGCAGACACAAGCGGCAAGUUUGGUGGCGAGGAUGACAAUGCAUGAUCCCCUAGCUCAAGAAGAUUUUGCACGAGAGAACGUGAUUAGACCCCUCGUCGUUACUCUGUUAUCAUUUGAGACUUUUAUGGAUGAUACGUGUAGGCAAAGCAUUCAUUCCAUUGUUCAGAUCAAUAGGAACCUCGAGAAGAAGACACUAGAUAAAAUAAUGGAACAAAACCCGAAUGCGAAGAAAAAUGCUUUGAGCAAUAUGGAAGGGGGUAGUGGGGCAGGGAACUCCCGGAAAGAGAGGGGAAAUGAGAGACCUGAAGUAAAGCAUAAGCUGAAAAUAACUUGUGCUGAGGCUUUGUGGUUGCUUGCAAAAGGGAGCGUGUCGAAUAGUAGGAGAAUUUGUGAAACAAAAGGAUUGCUUUGUAUGGCAAAAAUGGUGGAGAAAGAAGAAGGGGAAUUGCAGAUGAAUUGUCUGAUGUGUAUAAUGGAGAUAACAGCUGCGGCAGAAUCCAAUGCGGACUUGAGGCGUGCAGCGUUCAAGACAAAUUCUCCUGCUGCCAAGGCUGUGGUGGAUCAGAUGUUGAGAUUGAUAAAUGAUUUGGACAACCCAGCUCUGCAAAUUCCUGCCAUAAGAUCCAUAGGAUCACUGGCUAGGACAUUUCCCGCGAGAGAGACACGAGUGAUUGGUCCUUUGGUUGUGAAACUCGGGAGUAGGCAUGUAGAUGUGGCUGCAGAAGCUGCCAUUUCGUUGGGGAAGUUUGUUUGUCCAGAGAAUUUUCUGUGCAUGGAGCAUUCGAGGACAGUAAUAGAGUUUAAUGGAGUGCCACUCGUACUGAAGUUACUAAGGGAGAAUGAGAAGAGUCAAAUGUAUGGAGUGAUUCUGUUGUGUUAUCUUGCACUUCAUGCAGGGAACAGUGAGAUUGUGGAUCAGGCCAGGGUUUUGACAGUACUGGAAGGGGCGGAUCGCACCAUGAUUACCCUACACCCAGAGUUGAAAGAGUUGGUGGGAAAGGCAAUUAGUCACCUCAAUCUCUAUCAUGCAGGAAUGGGAAUCCAUUCUAAUUUACACUUGGGGUUGCCUUAAAAUAUCGGUGAGAAAGGGGGUAUGGCUAUGGCAUAUAGAUAUCCUCUGAACAAAAUUUUAGGUAGAGUUGUGUAAAUAAAGCUUAUACAUUUUUAACUUCCAAUGUGGUUGAGUUGACAUGAAUGAAUAAUUAAAAAAAAAAAUUACAUAGUGGAAUACCUUUUUUCUUCUA